CUCAGAGAUGGGAUUCUGUCUCAUUCGCAUCGCCUUGUUUAGAAACCAGUUUUCUCAACCCCCCGCAGAACACCUUACCCAUGGCGGCCACGGUCCAUGGCCGGCUCGACUGCUAGUUGGACGACAUGGCCCUAGAGGCCUACGCAACCGCCGCCAGCAAACACAUUCCUACUAGGUGAAGCCCUGUCGAUGCCCAAGAUGUCGGCUUGUUGGCAUCAGGCAUGGAAGGGAGAGAGCCCUUAUCCGCGAAUCUGAGAUAUCCAGCUAGGUUCAUGCAAGAC